AUGUCAGACACUGAAUCGGACACUGCGAGCUCGGUCGGCAGCAUCGUCGAAGACGCAAGCGAGCCGGAUACGACCACUUUCAAAGAUCUAUUUUCGGAUCGACAAUGGACUCGUGUGUCGGAUAUGGUAGAGCACAACAAGACUGAGAACGGAUUCGAUCUGCCAGCAACCAUCAAAGGACUUGGACCAGACGCGGACGAGAUCACCAUCAUUAAGCUGGUCAACUACCUCCGGUCAGAAGCGCAAAAAGGCACAGAUCCCAAGAGUAUCAAAGUAAAUCUAGAUGAUCUCACAAGCGACAAAUACCUACAGCCAGUAUUGGAAGAUGACGCCUUACUCUUUGAACUUGGAGAUCUAAUGCCAGACGAUGACAGCAAGGCCAUUGACUACGACGAGUAUGAGGCGAAGAUGCACAAGGACAUGCAAGAAGACUUCUCUAAGAUCAAGCUCACCAAUGAUCGGGACCAGGACUACUUCGAAUCAUACAAGGGCAACAGCAUUCAUCGUGAGAUGAUCGAGGAUCGCGUACGAACAGAAGGGUACCGUGACUUCAUCGAGAAGAACGCCGAGGUUUUUGCUGGAAAGACCGUGCUUGACGUCGGGUGCGGCACAGGUAUCCUGUCCCUCUUUUGCGCACGUGCAGGUGCGAAAAAGGUGUUCGCAGUCGACAACUCUGGCAUCGCUGUCCGCGCGAAGGAGAUCAUUGCGAAGAACGGCUACCAAGACCGCAUUGAACUGAUCCAAGGACGCGCUGAAGACUUCAACACCCAGCGGUUGAUUGGCAAGGAGAAGGUCGACAUCAUCAUCUCGGAAUGGAUGGGCUACGGUCUCCUCUUCGAAGGCAUGCUGGAUUCGGUCCUGCGCGCACGCGACAUGUACCUCAAGCCUGACGGCAUCAUGGUGCCGUCCCACUGCAACAUCCGUCUUGCGCCAAUCUCAGAUGCCGACUGGAUAGCAGACAGCACGAGCGAGAAGUUCUGGAAAGAUAUCUACGGAUUCGACUUUUCACCCAUGAUCCCAGGUGGUCUGCUCAACACACACGAAAUCGGUGUCUUUGACGUGCCUGAGAAGGCGCUCUGCGGCACUGCGACAAGCCAUCUGCUGGAGAUGAAGACUGUGUCCGUGCAGGAUCUAAGCUUCAAGGUGCCUCUUCGCAUGACACUCGACCGCGAUAUCACAUCUCUCCAGGCCGUCGCGAUAUGGUUUGACACUAUCUUCAUCCACCCUGGCAGCUCACAGGAUGUCAAGACGCUUGACAACGUUGACUGGGGCAAGAACGGUAUUCCGGGCUUGGGCUUCUCGACGGGUCCAAGCAACACACCUACACAUUGGCAUCAGGCAGUACUGCUGCUCGAUGCAGAGGUCGCGGAGAAGCAAACAUAUAAGAAGGGCACGGUAUUGGAGGGAAGCCUGACGUAUGCGAAGGAGAAGGGCGAUGAACGUGGUAUUACCGUGACGGUGGAGUGGAAGGGCAAGGGCGAGCAGGGCGAUGUGGAGGGCAAGGUGCAACGAACGAUGGCUUAG